UAUUUUUUUCAAAGAAACGCAAUAAAACGGUGUUGUGAAAUCAAAGCAAAGCAAAGGGGGAAGGGGGUCGUGCGAGAGCAUAAGAGCGCACUUGAAUCAACCGAUCUGCUUCUCUUCAUCUCUCUCUCUCUCUCUCUGCAUAUUCUUCGCAUCUGUUCUCGAGCUGAAGAGAGUUCUCUAGAUCCUUUUCGAAUCUCUGCAUUUGAGAUCUCACCGACGACGGAGAGGAACGUUGAGGCGGAAACGUAUCCAGAUUCCUUCUGAAUCUUAACGCGGUUUAGGUGGAGAGGAGGUUUUCGUUCGGGAAUGCGUCGUCGUUUGAGCUCAUCUUAGAACUCGAUUGAGGUUAGUGGGGGGGAUGAAGAACGGGAUGGCUGAGUGCAGCGUGUGUCGUUCAAGGUUGGUUUCUCCCAGUAGCAAAGCUAUAGCCAGGGCUUAUGACAACCGCAAGAUUAGAGUUUCCUCAAAGCAACGAGCUCUCAAUGUCUUUUUGGUUGUCGGUGACUGCAUGCUUGUUGGUCUACAGCCUGUACUGGUGUACAUGUCGAAGGUGGAUGGGAAGUUUAACUUCAGUCCUAUUAGCGUCAACUUCUUGACAGAAAUCGCAAAGGUUAUGUUUGCGCUUGUCAUGCUUCUCAUCGAGGCCAGGCACCAAAAAGUUGGAGAGAAGCCUCUACUAUCGUUUUCCACAUUUGUCCAGGCAGCUAGGAACAAUGUGCUUCUCGCCGUUCCGGCAGGGUUGUAUGCCAUUAAUAACUAUCUGAAGUUCACAAUGCAGCUAUAUUUCAAUCCUGCUACUGUGAAGAUGCUCAGCAAUCUAAAGGUUCUGGUAAUUGCUGUUCUACUGAAGAUGAUAAUGAAGCGACGGUUUUCCAUCAUUCAGUGGGAAGCACUUGCUCUGUUGCUGAUAGGGAUUAGUGUAAAUCAGCUGCGUUCUCUUCCUGAAGGUGCUACUACUAUUGCUGUUCCAAUUGCUACGGGUGCAUACUUUUGUACCUUUAUAUUUGUUACGGUCCCAUCCUUGGCAUCUGUCUACAACGAGUAUGCUUUAAAGAGCCAGUUUGAGACAAGCAUUUAUCUUCAGAACUUAUUCCUCUAUGGUUAUGGUGCAAUAUUCAACUUCCUUGGAAUACUAGGAACUGUUAUAUACAAAGGUCCUGCCAGUUUUGACAUCCUACAAGGACAUUCUCGGGCUACCGUGUUUCUGAUACUGAACAACGCAGCACAAGGGAUUCUAUCCUCCUUUUUCUUCAAAUAUGCAGAUACAAUAUUGAAGAAAUACUCAUCGACGGUUGCCACAAUAUUUACUGGCAUAGCAUCUGCGGCACUCUUUGGACAUGUAUUAACCAUGAAUUUUCUUCUGGGGAUUUCUAUAGUUUUCAUUUCAGUGCAUCAGUUCUUUUCACCCCUUGCAAAAGUGAAAGAUGAGCCACAAAACGGAAACGUAGAAAUAGCUAAUGCAAAGGAUGGUCAUAGGGCUAAAGACUCAUUCAUCAACAUGGCAGCAGGAGCAAAUGAAGAGGCUACUCACCGUGUUGGAUCAGACGACAGAGAGCCACUUCUUCCCAGAUAAAAACUCUCUCACCGUAAGAGAUUUUGUUUCACAGAAUUCUUUAAACUAAGAUUACUUUAGAGAUCAGGUACAAUUCCGACCGUAUACCACCUGGUUCCAAUGCAAUAAACGUCCUUCAACGCCCUGCAACUCUUGAAAGAGUCAGUUAAGUUUGUUGAGAACAGCUUUUUCUAUAUAGUAAACAUGUAUUCUUUUUGUUUCAGACAAAGAACAAAGAAAAAAAAAACAACUCUUUAUGGUAGUAGUUAUGUAUUUUUUCCAGAA